AUGUUUUCAAGAAUCGUUUCUAUCGUUCUACUACUGGGGCUGGGUUGUGCAUUGGUGACUUGUACACCCUCCCUUGCUACUCGAACGCGUACACCUACAAUUACGCUCACCCCGGCGCCGUUGCCGAGUCCAUUGACGGUUUAUAUUACGACGACGGUUUAUACUUGUGUCUCUUCCUCCUCAACAUGCACAACUGGGACCCUCGUCACCAUCUCCAGCGGCACCUAUCUCCCCAGCACCAUCUCCUACGCCUUGGUAACCCCCGCGAUACCAAUACCGAGCACGGCUACCAGUGCGGGAUACAUGCCUGAAGCGAGUUGGGCUGCGGUGCAUAGUUUGAGUAGUUUUGAUAUCAUACUCCCGCAAGACCAGAAAGAAAAUGCGCAGUUUAGUUGUCAAGCUUACUGCGAGUUACCUGUUUGUUAUAGCUUUUUCGUUGGGUUUUUGAUUAAAGGCGGAGGUGGAUACUUCUGGAGAUGUACUGCUUAUAAUGCUUUACUUACGCCUGAACUGCUUCUUCCACAGAGUUUUGCGCUUUUGAGGAAUGGGACGGGGUGGGAUCGGAUUUGUGGGUUGAGGGUGCCUUGA